AAGAAGAUAGAGCGAUGAGGAAGGAGACGAAGAAGGAGAUGAAGAAGAAGAGGGGGAUGAGCAGCUAGCAAUAGAAGUCGCGACGCACACAUAAAUGCAAGUGCUACCUAUCCACUGCGACAUACGUUUGAGAUCAAAUAUUACCCCCUCUUUGUUUCCACCACAUCUUAACGCGAUUAUGUGUGAACGACGAAAUAGGGUACUGAUAGCAUUGCUAUCUUGAAAGCAAAAUGGGAGACUCGGACUCGACGAUCAUCAUUUUAGAUUUGGCUUGUGCUUGUGGUUUAUCAGUCAGCCGCCCAACUCAACUCACGACGUCCAGAAUUCAAUAAACGUUCGGUGGAAUCAACACGAUUUCAAAAUGAAAUUUACGGAGCAUCUUUCUGCUCACAUCACCCCGGAAUGGAGGAAACAGUACAUUCAGUAUGAGGCUUUCAAAGAGAUGCUGUAUGCUGCUCAGGACCAGGCCCCAUCAAUUGAAGUCACAGAUGACGACACCGUUAAAAGGUACUAUGCAAAGUUUGAAGAAAAGUUCUUCCAGACAUGUGAAAAAGAACUGGCCAAGAUUAACACAUUUUACUCAGAAAAGCUGGCCGAGGCUCAACGGCGAUUUGCCACACUCCAGAAUGAAUUGCAGUCAUCAUUGGAUGCUCAGAGAGAGAUUGCAACAAAUGGCCGUGGUCUGCGAAGGAGGAAAACCGUGUUUACCCUAUCACAGCAAGAGAGAUGCAAACACAGAAACAUUAAGGACCUUCAACUGGCCUUCUCUGAGUUCUACCUCAGUCUGAUCUUGUUGCAGAACUACCAGAACCUGAAUUUCACAGGCUUCAGAAAGAUCUUGAAGAAGCAUGAUAAGAUUUUGGAUACAUCACGGGGUGCUUACUGGAGAGUGGCCCACGUUGAAGUUGCUCCAUUCUACACUUGCAAGAAAAUCACCCAGCUCAUUUCUGAGACAGAGGCAUUGGUCACAACAGAGUUAGAAGGUGGUGACAGGCAGAAAGCCAUGAAGAGGUUGAGGGUACCUCCCUUAGGCGCAGCACAGCCUGCUCCUGCUUGGACCACCUUUCGGGUUGGACUUUACUGUGGGGUUUUCCUUGUCCUAAUGGUCACUGUUAUCAUAACAGGAGCUGUCAUGUUUCCCAUUGCUGACAUUUGGCCAAUGGUCAGGAUCUACAGAGGAGGCUUCCUGUUAAUAGAAUUCCUUUUCCUCUUAGGUAUUAACACUUAUGGAUGGAGACAAGCAGGAGUCAACCAUGUGCUUAUAUUUGAGCUCAACCCAAGAAAUAACCUAUCCCAUCAACACCUGUUUGAGAUUGCAGGCCUUUUGGGGGUGUUGUGGUGUGUCAGCCUGCUAUCAUGUCUGUUUAGUGACAGCAUUCCGGUGCCAAUGCAGGCCAAUCCUUUGGCUCUUUAUGGCUUCUUCCUUGUCUUCCUCAUCAACCCAUUCAAGACCUGCUACUACAAGUCACGCUUCUGGCUUCUGAAACUUCUGUUCCGGGUGAUGACUGCUCCAUUCCAUCGUGUUGGCUUUGCGGACUUCUGGUUGGCUGACCAGUUGAACUCUUUGGGGGUUGUUCUGUUGGACAUGGAGUACAUGAUCUGUUUUUACAGUUUUGAACUUGACUGGAAAAAACAUGAUGGACUAAUCAGCAGUGAAGGUAACGAUGUGUGUAAUUCCUACUCCUAUGGCGUCCGUGCGGUGAUUCACUGUCUUCCUGCUUGGUUCAGAUUCAUCCAGUGUCUUCGUCGUUACCGGGACACCAAAAGGGCAUUCCCUCACCUGGUUAACGCUGGGAAAUACUCCACUUCUUUCUUUGUUGUAACUUUCGCUGCCCUCUACAGCACCCAUAAAGCUGACUCCUACGAUGAUGCCCAGAUCUUCUUCUACUUGUAUGUCACAUGUUUAGUGGUCAGCUCAUGCUACACGCUAGUCUGGGAUCUCAAGAUGGACUGGGGCCUUUUUGACCGUAACGCCGGAGAAAAUACCUUUUUGAGAGAGGAGAUCGUCUACCCACAUAAGGCCUAUUACUACAGUGCCAUAGUGGAGGAUGUGCUGUUAAGAUUCUCAUGGAUUCUAACAGUCUCUCUCAGCACAAUUUCUAGCUUGCAUGGUGUCUCUGACAUACUGGCAACGACACUGGCCCCAAUGGAGGUCUUUCGGCGUUUUGUGUGGAACUUCUUCAGACUGGAGAAUGAACAUCUGAAUAACUGCGGUGAGUUCAGAGCUGUCAGAGACAUCAGCGUGGCUCCACUAAAUGCUGAUGACCAGACCCUGCUGGAGCAGAUGAUGGAUCAAGAGGAUGGAGUCAGGAACCGACAAGGGAAGAAGAGCUGGAAACGGAGCUACAGCAUGAGUCUACGUAGGCCAAGACUUGCCUCUCAAUCCAAGACCCGUGACACCAAGGUUUUGAUAGACGAUACUGAUGAUGACUCCUGACAUCAGGCCACGCCCCUUGCCUGGGUCCAGAAUUUAUUCAAAGGUGGAAACUCGUCCUCCUAACCAAGGAAUUACCCAGCAAGUUGGGCGUUGAACUCAAACACCCGGGUUUCAGACUCUCAUGCUUCCAGAAACCCCAAAUGCAUGAACUUGUGCGCACAUUCAUAGAGAGACGGCAAACGAGCAAAAUCAAGUGAAAGCAAAACUGUCACCAAAUACUUUUGCGUUUCACUUCCAAGCAUCAAAAAUCUUACCUCACCCACGUGUGAAACCCAUGAACACACCUUAAACGAUGCCCACUCUUCAACAUUGCUGUUUUUAAAUGGUCCAGCAGAGCAUAGACGUGACUCAUGUGAGCUAUCUCUGCUCCACUUGGAUGCUGUGCUGCCAUUCACAGAGAGACAACUUCAUGACGACUCCUGUUGAGGACCAAAAAAGGCACCUGACUCUCAGGGUCACGCUUGCUUUUGGCGCGCAAACGCACAGAACAGAAGAAUGCAUAUUUCAGAAAGAUAUUUGUGUUGUGUCCAGCUUCAGUUUGAAUAUGCAUCGAGCUAUGUAUUUAUGGUAUGCAUCGUACACACUCUUGAGAAUAGCAAUUAUUUGUAACUGUGGUUAUAAAUAGAAAGUAGACCAAAGUAGAGUCUGUUGCUAAAAAUUGAAAAUAUGAGGAAGUGUUGAAAUGUUCUGUAAAUACAAUCCCAUAAAAGUUAUGUUCAUAGCUGUCUAGUAAUUCCCAGUCAGAAAUGUGCAAUAAUGUAUACGCAAUCAUAUUUAUAAGUGUAUUACCUGAUGCUGUUUUUGUGAUUAUAUGCAUACUGUAUCCAAAUUGAUUCCCAGAUGCAGCGUCUGAAUUCAAACAUGUUUUUUUUUUUUUUUUUUACAAUAGUUAGACAAUCUAAAGAUAUAUUUUGGCUUGAGAACAAGCUAUUUUGUCUUUGAACAUUUAUGAUCUGUAAUUUAGCCUUGUUUAAAUACUAAAUUGGGGAAUGUUGUAGUACAUAAAAGAGGCCAAUGUUCACGGUAAUUUGUGUACAUGGGUGACUUUGCCAUGCAUAACUUCAUAGCUUCAGGUCCUUUGUAGGCAGCGCAUUUACUUUCAUUCUUUAAAAAAAGAAACAAAAAAAACUAUACAAUCUAGCCUCAGCGCCCCAAUAAGGGGACCAUUAAAGUUUUUAAUUGUUCCAGUUUCUGUUUUCAUCUAUUUUUUAUUCCAUUUGACUUUUAAAACUUUGGUACAUGGUGUUUAUUUUACAAUAACAUGUUUAUUUUACAUUAAGUGUCUGAUUAUAAUGAAUAAAAAUGCAAUCAUUUCCAUUAUAA